CCACACGAUCCGCGGCAUGUUUUGUUUACCUGGCAGGCGCAUGGCUGCCUCCUUCCGAUUCCGACGUUACAUCGUCGGGUUCGUGUGUGCACAGACAAUUUUCAUACUUUUCCAGGUUUUUGUGUUUUAUCCAUGUGUAGUCAGGGCACCGUUAGACUUGGACUUGUUGAAGAGAGAGGCUGACACCACGAACUUGGAUGCACAAUUUGAUCAAACGGUACCCUAUCCAUAUGCUGCACAUUGGGAAUCACUUGACAACAGACCCAUUCCUUCAUGGUAUGAAAAUGCCAAGUUGGGGAUUUUUAUACAUUGGGGGGUAUAUGCUGUCCCAGGGUAUGCAGUCAAUGGGCCAUCUGAGUGGUUCUGGUACUGGUGGAAGAUUGACCAGGAUUUUUUACAGAGACGGAGGAAAGCAAAAGUCAUAACUGGGGAAAGUGUUAAGAAGUUUGUUGCAGAUAAAUUUUCCUCUGACUGGCAGUAUUCUGACUUCGCCCCACAAUUUUCAGGAGAGUUUUUUAAUCCAGAGAAGUGGGUAGACAUCUUUAAGGCAUCGGGGGCAAGAUAUGUGGUCCUGACCAGCAAGCACCAUGAUGGUUUUGCUCUGUGGCCUUCCAAAUAUUCCUGGAACUGGAACUCUGUAGACAAUGGUCCACAUAUUGAUAUCAUAGGUAAUCUGUCUGCUGCUAUCAGGAAGAAUACAGACUUGAGGUUUGGGUUGUAUCACUCCCUUUAUGAGUGGUAUAACCCACUUUACAUGAGAGAUAAAGCUAAUGGCUACUGGACACAAGACUAUGUAAAGGCCAAACUUAUGCCAGAGCUUCAUGAUAUAGUGGAGACCUACAAACCUGACAUUGUGUGGGCAGAUGGACAGUGGGAAGCUUCAGCCAACUACUGGAAUAGUACACAGUUCUUGGCAUGGCUGUACAAUCAGAGUCCUGUGAAGGAUUAUGUAGUGACCAAUGACAGGUGGGGCAAUGAAACAAAUUGCAAACAUGGUGGUUUUUUAACCUGCUCUGACAGAUAUACACCAGACUCGGUGUUACACAGAAAAUGGGAAAACUGCAUGACCAUUGACCGCAAUUCUUGGGGCUACAGAAGACAUGCUGACUUAGCAGAUUACUUUACCAUUGAACAACUGGUGCAUCUACUGAUCAAGACUGUAAGUAAGGGUGGGAAUCUAUUGAUGAAUGUAGGACCAACAGCAGACGGCAUGAUUCCUCCUGUGUUUGAAGAAAGGUUCAGGCAGAUGGGAGAGUGGAUGGGGGUGAAUGGAGAAGCUAUUUAUGGCACCAGGGCUUGGAGAGUACAGAAUGAAGGGGAUACAAUUUGGUAUACUUCAAAGCAGACAACAAGUGGUCUAGUGAUUUAUGUACAUCUCUUGAAGUGGCCACAAUCAGAAACAUUGUUGCUAAAAACACCCAAAGCCAAAGCGACCACAAAGGUGACUUGGCUGGGCUUUAGCAAGGCAAUACAACACAAGACUGACCCCAGUGCUCUCACUGUUGUCAUGCCCAGGGUAUUUUUGCAUGAAAUACCUUGUCAGUGGGCAUGGGUUUUUAAGCUAGAGGGAUUUGAGUAACAUUCUCCUUCUAACUGGAAAGUUCAUAAUUUUGUUGGUGUUUAUUUUUAUCAACAUUUUUUUAAAAAUAUGUUUGACAUAUUUUCUCUUUACUUUUACUCAGUGAAAUGUUAAUGCUUAAAGCAUUCAUUAUUUUUUUAUGAUGAUUUUACAUUUUUGUUCAGUUUUGUAAAACUUUUAUGAAAAAACUGAAAACUUUUAUUUUGACAUGAUUAUAUUUUGGUUGUCAAAUCUCGAACUUUGCUUAAGUAUUGCUGAUACCUGUAAGUUUCACUGAUUUGCUUCUUCUUUAUUUACAUGUGUUAUAAAGUAGUUUCAGUGUGCAUAUUGCUUGAUUACAUUUUCUUUUAAGCAGAAGACAGUUAUUGUGUCAUAUGUAUGAAACUAAUGUGGACAAUAUACAAAGAAGAUCUAAAUGUUAUAUUGUUAUCGUGAGAGUGCCCUUUCUUAGUGAAACAUAGAAAACACUAGUACCAAAAUAUGUGGAGUAAGUGUUCCCAAACAAAAAUAAAAAUUCAUUAUCAAUAAUUUUGGGGAAAUUUACAAGGAUAGUUUAUUGAUAAGGUGGUAAUUUACAUUUGGACUUAACAUUUUACUGUGUGCAAUAUUAGUGGGAGUUUUAUGAAUUUAUGGAAAAGGCAGUUGAUAUUCUUUAGUUGAGAAGCUUUUAGAAUGUAAUUUUGAAGUCGUAGAAGCCUCUCUAUAUAUAAAAAUAAACAUUUGAAAAA